AUACGUAUAUACAUAUAUAUAUGCUGCUGUGUAACCCUUGUGUUUCCUCCCUAGUUUCACCACUCCAGAGAGCACAGGCCCGGUGUCUCGCUGUAGCAGACAGGCUGACUGGGGCAGCCAGGUGGAUGAUGAUGAGAUGAGGAGGGGUGUACACAGAGACAUGCAGCGUUACAGGAGGAGGAUACUGGGUGCAGAGGUUACCCAGCGUGAGAGAAAAACCUCCUCUGGCUCUUCUGGGAGCUGUGACUCAAAAGAGGGAGACCACAUGGAGACUGAUGAGGCUGUGUUGCUACGGAGACAGAAACAGAUCAACUAUGGCAAGAACACACUGGCCUAUGACCGAUACAUCAAAGAAGUUCCAAAACACAUGCGUCAGUCGGGUGUUCACCCAAAGACUCCCAAUAAGUUCAGGAAGUACAGCCGUCGCUCCUGGGACCAGCAGAUCAAACUGUGGAAGGUCAAACUGCACGCCUGGGACCCCCCAACAGAGGGCGGCCAAGACAAUGUCCUGAAUAACAUUGAGGAGCUGGGUCUUGGUGAUGUAAUGGACAUUGAGCUGGACUUCCCAAACUUGCCAGACUCCCAGAAUGCCCCAACCACACACAGCAUUUCUCUUGAUGGUGAAGACUGUUUGGGCACUCCAGUUAAAGUACAGAAGACCGAAAGCACAGUGGAGCCUGAAAUGGCAUAGCUCAUCACAGAAAAGAAAAUACAACAUGUUCACACACUUCUCAAAUGGUUCAACCAUUCUCCCCCCCCCCCCCCCGACUCUCUCACUUCCCACAGCCCACCAUGUUCCCCAGAAGGACCCCAGGUACUUAAUCUGCUCGAAGCAAUGCUGCAUCUGCACAGCAUCACAACGCUGUGUCUCAGUUUGUAAUUAUUGGUUCAACACUGUAACAUAUUUUGUGUUCUGUCUCCAUUCAUACUAGUGCUUCUUAGUCCAUAGGCUGAGACCUUUUACAGACUACUAAUCUGCUCAGGGAGUCUUCUUUUUUGGCAUUGUUGUAUCAAGCUGUGGUCCGUUUAAAUGAUUUAGGAUUUGAUGUUCACUAAAACACUUGUAGCACUGAUCUGUGGCCCAGUGGAGCUUUAUGUACAAAUGUUAAAUCACAUCCUGCUUAAACUUGCUAAAGUUUGGCUGACCUCAAAGUGUUCUGUCAGCUGUUUGAAGGAGAUGGGCAAACCAAAGGCAAAGUACUUUCCUUUUUAAUAACUCAUACUGACAAGAUUUUUUUUUUUUUUUUCCAAGCGUGUACAAUUUUAAAUACAGAGAAGUAUUACUUCAGUUAUAUUGGGCUGUGAUUUGUUUUUAUAUUGGUUGUUUUUUAAUGCAAAUUCUGCUGUGUUUAUUGCUGUUUCCUUCAUGGUGAAGACUUUAAAAUAAUAAAUAUAAACA